AUGGAUUCUUGCAUCCAAGAGCUCCAUUUCUCUCAUCUCCAUAUCCCAGUAACCAUUAACCACAAAUUUCUUGUACAUCCAUCAAGUCCAACACCUGCAAACCAAUCUCCUCACCAUAGUCUCUAUCUAUCAAACCUAGAUGAUAUAAUCGGAGCACGAGUCUUCACUCCUUCCGUUUAUUUCUAUCGAUCAACCGGUAAUCAACCUGAAACUCGAGAAUGUUUGGUAAUGAAACGGCUUCGAGAUGCUCUUGGUGAGGUUUUAGUUCCGUAUUAUCCACUCUCUGGUAGGUUAAGGGAAGUGGAUAAUGGGAAACUAGAAGUUUUCUUUGGGGAAGAGCAAGGUGCUUUAAUGGUUUCGGCGAAUUCUUCAAUGGCUUUAGCUGAUCUUGGAGAUCUUACAGUGCCUAACCCAGCUUGGUUACCAUUAAUCUUUCAAGACCCGGAAGAAGAAGCUUACAAAAUCCUUGAAAUGCCAUUACUUAUAGCUCAAGUUACGUUUUUCACCUGUGGGGGAUUCAGCCUUGGGAUUAGACUCUGCCAUUGUAUCUGCGAUGGUUUUGGAGCUAUGCAGUUUCUCACCUCGUGGGCUGCUACAACGAAAACCGGGAAAUUGAUUGCAGAUCCUGAGCCUGUUUGGGAUAGAGAGGUUUUCAAACCAAGAAACCCUCCAAUGGUGAAAUACCCGCAUCAUGAGUAUCUUCCUAUUGAAGAGAGGUCGAAUUUGACGAACUCUUUGUGGGAAACAAAGCCAUUGCAGAAAUGUUACAGGAUAAGCAAAGAGUUUCAGAGUCGGGUUAAAAGCAUUGCGCAAGGACAAGAUCCAAGCUUAGUUUGCAGCUCGUUCGAGGCAAUGGCUGCACAUAUAUGGAGAUCAUGGGUCAAAGCACUAGAUGUGAAGCCAUUGGGAUACAAUCUCAGGCUCACGUUUUCGGUCAACGUAAGAACGAAACUCGAAACCCUGAAGUUGAGGAAAGGGUUUUAUGGCAAUGUGGUCUGUUUGGCUUGCGCUAUGAGCACUGUCAACAGUCUCAUGAACGAUUCUCUUUCGAAGACAACAUGUCUGGUUCAAGAGGCAAGGGUUAGGGUUACAGAGGACUACUUGCGAUCUACGUUAGAUUACGUAGAGGUAAAGAGGCCAAAGAAGCUAGAGUUUGGUGGGAAGCUAAUGAUAACUCAGUGGACUCGGUUUGAAAUGUAUGAGACUGCGGAUUUUGGAUGGGGUAAACCCGUUUACGCAGGACCAAUUGACUUAAGGCCUACACCACAGGUUUGUGUGUUGUUACCUCAAGGAGGAGGAGUUAAGUCUGGUGGUGACCAAAGCAUGGUGGUUUGCCUUUGCUUGCCUCCUUCAGCUGUUCAUAAUUUUACUCGGAUUCUAUCUCUAAAUGAUUACACAUAA